CUUAUUCUAAUCGAUAAGUUGAGUAUGAUAUUAAAAUAAUGCAUUUUGAUUCUUUGGAGCAUUCUGAUCCUAAAAUAUGAAACGAGAAAAUAUAGUUGAUUUUACGUCUAUUCUAUAUCUCGUUUGUGCCAAAUAUCAUAAGAUUAUUUAGCUAUUAAAUAUCAGUUGAUUGAUAACAUAUAUUUACGAAAUUAUAUAUUAAAAUUCAAAUAAGUCAAUUAUUCUAUUCAUAAGUGUGUAAAUAUUUUUAUAUCAAGACUAUUGAAAAAAGAAAGUGCAAAAAUAUUAAGAUUAUAAAAUGCCACUUCCAGCUGCAUUAGCUGCACGACUUGCUAAAAGAGGUCUCAUUUCUGGAUCAGAAAAACAUGAAUCAAAAAAAGAAUCAAGGAAAAAGAUACAUGAAGAAGUAAUAGCUGAAGAUUAUGAUAGCACAAAAGAUGAUAUUAAUCAAAUUGAUAUAUCACAAAAAUUUAUGGGAUAUAGUGGUUGUCCAAAUAAAUAUAAUAUUUAUCAUGAAUGUACAAAAAAAUGCAAAGAAUUAUGGGGUCUUGGACAUGUACAACCUUCUGAUAAAUAUUUAAAGAAACAAAUAAAAUUAAUACAAAGAUAUCCUUUACCAGAAACAUGGAAAGCUGUUUAUGAUCCUGGAUCGGGUCAACAUUAUUAUUGGGAUUGGUCAUCUGAUUUAGUAUCUUGGCUACCACCAAGUCAUCCAAAAUGUCAAAUAUCUCAACCAGCUUCUCAAUUAAGGGAAGAAUUACAUCUCAAAGCAGCAGAUCAAGAUGAUAAUAUAUCAAGUGAUGACAGUGGUAGUGAACAAGAACCAAUGGAAGUAGAUGAAUUAGAUAUGAAAAAGGAUAAGAAACCAGAAAAUAGAUCAAGACAUAAAUCAGCAGAUAUUAAAAGAAAUCAAAGAUUAGAAAGAUCCGAGAGUAAAGAAAAAAAAGAUAGGACCUUGGAUCCUAUGGAUCCAGCAUCAUAUAGUGAUAUUCCACGAGGAAAAUGGUCUGAUGGUUUAGCAAGACACAAUGAAGCUAAAACAGGAGCAGAUACAACUGCUUCAGGACCACUUUAUCAAAUGAGACCAUAUCCCAGUCCAGGUGCAGUUCUUCGAUCAAAUAGAGCUAAUAAAACAGAAUCAGAAUCAUCUAAUAAAUCUAAAGUAUCGUGUCCUGAAAAACCAGAAUAAAUAUUUUUGUUUUUAUAUUUUCACUAUAUUAUUGUGAACAUUUAUUGUAAAUAUAGCAUAAUAAAUAAAAAAUUCAUAAAUAAUUUUAUUAUUUUUAAAAAACAAAA